AUGCUAUCCUUCAACUUCUUCUGUCAUGCGCUUCCAGUAAUCAGCAUCAUUGGACCAUUUGUGAAUGCUGGCUUCCUUCCUCAAGGUAACAUCAAUCGACUAUUUUUCGUGACUGAAUCCAGCACCUCAAGCAAGACGACUUCCACCAAGUCCUUCCAUUCUUCUGUCAUCAACCAACCGGCGGUGGUGGUCAGAAGCUUUCCAUUAAGUCAGGACGGGGUCAAUUGCCAGUAUCAAGCUUUGCCACAAGGGCACCAGGGUAUCCAAUCUAAUUCUUACGCCGCUGGUUCCGCUCCCUCGUCUCGGAUGGUGGCUAACUUGACUCCACAUAACUGUCAUGUGCGAUGCACACCUCUAAGACACGACUGUCAAAAGAUCAUCAACACGAUGAGAAAUAUGAAGCAACGUCAAAUUACCAUUGAGCCCCGAAAUUGGCUCUAUGUCUCAUACAGACAAUGUGCAGUUGUGUUCGAAAAUCCGGGCGCUCAGAACGUGGCAGUUGUGUACCAAUGGAACCGGUUGGCCGACCAAGCAGAACGACUCCAAUCUCAAUGCGCUGGAGGCUCAUCAACCUCCACCCCGGGAUACGGAUCGGGAUCUAAAAGUACCGGAACUUGUUUCUUCUCAUCCUGCGACCUCAAUGAUUCCACCCAUCCCUUUAACGCUGCCCGAAAAACAAUCGCAAAUGCCAAGACUUCAAAGGUGGAGAAUAGCGGACUAAUCAAAAAUUUCUGUCGGAUUCUUGUCUGGAAACAAUAA